GUCUCGCGUGCGGAAAUCCUCAUCGCCGGAGCUUGAAUUAUUUAUUCCGCCCAGACAAAACCCCCUUCUCUUGAGAUAGGGCAUUCGACGAUCCAGUCUGUCAAAUUGGGACUGGAAAUAGUACUAGAUUAUUCUGACCAGUGGUACUGACUCACCACCCAGUCAGACUCUUCCAACCUUUUCACACCUUCUCCCACUGCACUGUUAUUCAAUUUUUUACAAUGCUACGAUGACAACGGCUCUCACACGCCUCCACAUCUCGCCCUUCACCCCCGAGCUCCUCGACUCGGUUCUCGCCCCGUCUGCUCGCUCGCAAGCGACGGAUAUAUCCUUUCAUACGAUCGCUACGUUUCCAGAGAAUAAUUACGGAUACGUCAGUCUGCCGCCGAUGGAGGCUGAUAAAUUGAAAAAGAAACUUAAUGGAUCGAUUUUGAAGGGGAAGAAAUUCAAGGUGGAGGCUGCUCGGCUGGAUCCCAAAACAGCGAGAACGGUGGAGGAUGAUGAGGUAGCUGGGGAUAAAAAGGAGAAGAAGAAAAAGUCUUCAAAAAGGAAGGCGGAGGAUAAUGAUGAUGGGGUGCUCGAUGGGUAUGAGCUGCCUUCUGGUCGACACGUGAAAAGAGGAUGGACGGAGCCAGCAAGCAGUCGCAAACACAAGAAACAGAAAAAAGGCGAGAAAAAGGAGAAAGAAGGUAAACUGCAGGCAAAGUCAAAGUAUACCGAAAGCGCGGAAUGCUUGUUCAAGACUAAGACUCCUCCGAGCAAGACAGUGACAGGGAAGAAGGAUAAAAAGGUGAGGAAGGACAACAAGUCGCCAAAUGAGGUUGUUGUCCAUGAAUUUGCGCAAACUGUUACACAUCCUUCUUUCUUGAAAUCGGCGGUGCAGGGUAACCCACUUACGGCUGGAUUUGAGGAGGGAAUAGGAUGGGUGGAUGAAGAGGGCAAUGUUCAAGAAGCCCCUCGUGAAAAGACGAGAAAGGAGACAUAUAAACCCGGGAAAAAAGAUGGCGCUAAAGAACGAGUUACCCCGAAGAAGAAAACUUCCGAACGACACUCUAUUAAGAAAGCGAAAUCUCCCACGCCUGUUUCAACAGAUGAGUCAGAAGAAGGAAAAGAGAAAGAGCCCGAUUGGACUUCGUCUAGUGGAUCUAGCGAUAGCGAAGACUCGGAAUCUGGAGAUGACACCGAUAGCGAAAGCGACUCUGACAUCUCUGAAAGUGAGGGCUCCGUAUCAAAUGAGAAGCACACAGCGACAAAGAAAGUACAAAUGGAGAAGCCAGUAUCCGAGAAUGCAUCUAGUCCUGAAAACCCAAAACACUCAGAAAGAGAUGACGCGAGCGACGAUAGCUCUGAAUCUUCAGCAUCCUCAGACGAAGCAGCAGAGGUAAAAGAGAACGACGUGCACCCUCUGGAGGCGCUUUUCAAACGACCACAGUCAAAUAACACCAAAGAAGUAGAACCCAACACCGGAUUCAGCUUCUUCGGUGGUAAUGACGAUGAUAUCGAGGGUGAGAGUGAAGAUGAACAACACCAGCUUCCUAUCACCGAACCGCUGACCCCGUAUACUCGACGUGAUCGUCAGGUACGAGGGAUACGAAGUGCCGCUCCCACUCCUGACACUGCUUUGCACAGUCAUACCAGACUCCUUGCAGAAGCCGACGAAGAUAUGGAGGAUGUCGACGAUGAUUCAUCCCUUCUACCCAUCCAAUUGACUCCAUCUAAAGCUCCUGGCGACUCGACUGGCGCUCAAGAACCCCAAGAAACUGACUUUGCGAAAUGGUUUUGGGUGAAUCGGGGCGAUAACAAUCGAGCUUGGAAAAAACGACGUCGCGAUGCGGCAAAGGAGAAGAGGCAGCGGGAGAAUAGACGCAAGGGUAUGAAGGGCAGAGGAUAAAGCUCAAUCAUUAAGGGGUGAAAUUUUUCACUAUGGAGGCUGUAACAAGAAAUGAUAGCACAUAAUGCAAGCUAAGAAAUGAGUCACAACCAAUAAAUUUUAUAUCACUGUAGCACUCUUGCUAUUGACGCGGCUCCGAUCACGUGAUUCGAUAAGAUAAUGCCGAUCUCCGAAUUCUCCGAGAACAUGAUAACGACCAGCUGACA